AUGCUGUGGUUGUUCGCUUUGGAUUGCAUAGCAUACCUGCCAUUUGACAUAUACUUACUCAUCGUAAUAACGAGCAAAGAUUUCGCUAAAGACAAAAAUGUAGACUUAUUGUACGAGCUCAAAGAUAAAAAUGUAUUCAUAUCAUUGUUGGCUAUUAAAAUCGCCAUCCGGGUCAUUUGGUUCUUCACGGCAAUAGCGCUGUUUGUGGGAAAUGCGAAAGAGUAUAAGAAAUGUCUGCAAAGUUGGCAAUUCCUAACCGCUGCCAGAAUUGUCUUUGCCAUCGCCACCUGUAUCUAUGGCAUUGUGAAACUGGAGGAUGACAUGCAGAAGUUGUUUAAGGAUUUCGAUCCCAAGAAAUUGGAAAAUUACAAAGAAUAUAUCGCCAAGUUUAUCCUGAUGAUUAACUUCAUAGAGUUGGGCCCUAUUUGGUGGAUCAUAUUUAUCGCGUUCAUGAUAUUCGUGUUCAGACGGUCCCAGGAGAUCGACACCAGGAAAGUGUCUCAAGUGAAUCAAUGGGGAAACUUCGGGAACUCAUCGCAGGCUAACGGGAACGCCGCCAACGCCAGACCCCAGUCCUCAGCACUGGCACACCCCGUGAGCCUCACCCAAGAGCCCAAUCCUUUCACUCACCACCGCGAAGAGGACACCAAUAAUAACAAUAAGCGACAGACAGAGGCACCGGUAGCCUCUUUCCAGCCGGCCCGCCAACCAGACAACUACCCGCCCGUCCGACAACCGGACCCCUACCAGCCCCCAGCCUACCAGCCCACCCAUCAGCCGGAAAGUUACGUAACGCCAACCCCGUCAGCGCCGGAACCUUCGGUGCAACCGAUACUACAGAUCAAUGAAGUGAUUGCUAUACCCCGGGUCACUCUGGCACCCAAACCCACUGUAGCGCCCAAACCCUAUACCUCCACCACCGCAGCUAAUGUCCAUCGAUAUGAACCUAAUUAUGACAACCGGGGCGUGAAAUACGGGUCCAAUUUGGCCCAACGGAGCAGUUAUUUAGAGUACGAUAGGGAACGGGAGGCCCAACGGGCACCCAAACGUAACAAUAGCUUCAAUACGGCUCAACCAUAUCAGCAAAGGUCUCGCAAUUACUACUCGUAUGAUAAUAGGGGUUAUCAUAGCAGCGAACAGGACCUCAGGGGUGACCAGUAUCCGGGGUUAGUUAAGAGGCCGUCCACUCGACGCAAUUAA